AUGGCGCCGCCGCAGUCGGAACACCUCUUCUGUUUGGAGCUGCUGGUAGAUUGGGUGCGUCUCCGAGCCGCGCUGCCCUCGCCGAUCGUGGCAGGGGAGCAGGAGGCCGAGGAGGCCGAGGAGCCCGAGGAGGCCGAGGAAGCCUCGCAGCCGCGCGCGCUGUGCCCCGCUGUGGCCUUCCGCCUGCUGGACUUCCCCACGCUGCUGGUUUACCCUCCCGGCGGCCCCGCGGCGCCCUGCCCCGCACCCCGGCACGGCGUGAUCCGCUUCGGUCGCGGCAAGUCCUGUCUCUUCCGCCUCCACCCUGCCACUCUCCACCGCCUGCUCCUUCAGACCCCGGUGUACACCUUGCUGCUGCAACUGCCCCCUGGUCGCCCGACACCCACCCCACAGCUCCUGGGGUCGUGCAAUGUUUCUCUGGCCUCCGCGGCCCACAAGGCCAUGGGGGCAGCAGCCUCUGGGUGCUCCCAGAGUCAUCGGGGAAGUUUCCCCCUACUUAACCGACUCGGGGAGCAGAUUGGGGACAUUGCAUUAGCCUACAGCCUUACUGAUCUGGGAAGCUGUCUACUGGGCCAUUUUGAUCGGCCCAUCGAGGCCACCAGGUGCGCUACUGGACUGGGGAGCAAAGAGGUGCAGAAGUCAGAGGAGCUCAAUCCCCAAACCCUGCAGGAAAAACAGGCAUUGGAGCAGCCGGCUCCUGUGCCAAGCCCAAGAGAUGCUGGUAGGCCUUCAGGGUCGCCAAAACCCCAAAAGACCUUCCAGAAGGAUUUGAAGGAUAUAGUUUUCUGCAGUGAGUCCACCUCUGUUACGAUGGGCUCAGCAGAGAAUAGCAAAACCUAUUCUGUUGUUACUUGUAAAAAUGCCAGCAGUGGGGGGAGGAUCAGCCCCCUAAAUGAGGAGGCCACAGAAUUGGACAUUGAAACCAACGUAUUUUGCCCUCCUCCUCUGUUUUACACUCACUGGAGGCAGGACAAGACCCCUCCCGCACAGGUGACAAUCAUCGUUGAACCUCAAGGGAAUGACCCUGAGGAAUUGGAUAGUGCCCUUCCUGGAAAAAACUGUGCAGAUUCCCCAACACAGGGGAAUCCUUUAAAACAUAGGCAUCCUGCCACUUAUGAGAGUUCCCCGAUGCCUAUUAAUCCUCCACGUGUUCAGGAUAUGGGAGCAGCCAAUCAAACUGCAUGUCACCCUCAAAGUGAACAAAACAAAGUUAACAUUAUACGGCAGCUGCCUUUGCUAAAUGCUUUGCUAGUGGAGUUGUCGGUGUUAUACAACCAACCCAUGGCAAGCCCUACUCAUAUACAUCCUCAUUUAGCCUGGUUAUACAGAACUGAGGAUAAUAAAGCCCCAGAAUCUUCUGCCAAAUCUGCAUGUCAGUCUGAAUCCAACAAGAAUAGGCUUGCUGUGGGGGAACAUGAAAAGUCAGAGAGUCUUCAGUAUGAAAAGAACCCAGUUGAAAAGUGUAAGAAAUGUACAUACUUUGAAAAGAAAAGUGGUGCCCCCACUAAAAGAGCCACAAAGGGAAGGCUUCUUUAUGGCUUAACAAAUACACUAAGGCUACGUUUAAAGCAAACAAAUCCUGAUAUGUUGAUAGUACAUGAGAAGAGAGAACAGUUUAGAAAAAUGCAAGUACAAAUGUUGGAUACAAGAUUCAGAAUGUCAUCUUCCAAAAUUAAAUUAAACUUUAAGGGACAAAGCGAGAAGCCUUGCCAACUGUCUAAAGACAAAUGUGUGGCUCUUGAUGCAUCUUCUGCUGUAAACAGUGAUACCUCAAGGCAAAUCAGUGGGAUCUACAAUGAGACCAGCACAACUAAAGAAACCAAACUAGAAUGUGCAACUGAAAAAAUGCAAGUUAGCUGCGGUGAAAUCACAGCUGAUAAUAGUUCAUCAAAAGAAAUCAUGAGUCCUAGAAACUCUGUUAUUCCAGAAGAAUUUAUUCCUACAAAUAUUUUGCGAGAAAGGGUGGGAAUGGAGAUCCAGAGCCCACUUAUUUUCCAACAGGAUACUGUUGAUGGGAUUACAGAUAAGGAAGUAGGAGACAGAAUAGUCAAAACCACAGAUAAUGAGUUUCCUAUUGGUGAUCUGAGUGAAAGCAGACAAAGUAAAAAUAGCUGCUCUGAGAGCAUCUCAGAAGGAAAGUAUUCCCGUGGACUCAGCAGCCCGUGCUAUUCUGAUGAUUUCUGUACCACUGAAGACAGCAGCGGAAGUUUAAAAGGUCAUGAUGGCAAAGCAGGAGUGGAAGACAACCAUUAUCAAACCAAGUCCAGUGAAGCAAGACUGUUGGUAAGGGACAAUGGCAGUGACAAGAGUUCAAUUCUCAGCCCGCCCUUCUCAGCCGGGUCACCAGUACACUCAUCUAAAAGGUCUCAUACUUUAAAGAUGCAGGAUAGAAGUUUGGAGGAAUCAUCCAGUAUCUCUAGCAAUGAUUUGGCUUCAUCACAUUGGACUCAGGAAAAAGAAAGCCACAUGGACCAAAAUGGGAUGCAUAAUUGUAAAGUGACAAAGAGAGGUCCAGACACCUCUAUUACACUUAGAACAAGAACAGGUUGCAAGACUUUAGAAAAAAGCCAGUCGCCACAGACAUCUCAAGUGAGUUCUUACCUGCCCUCUAAUUUGUCAGAACUAGAACUUAAUGUCCUGGAUGAGAGCCCACCCAAUCACUUUGAGGAAGAUAGUGAUGAUGUUGGCCCACUAAGUAUUUCCAAGCAAUGCAAAGACAUUAGUGAAUUAGUAAUAAAUAAACUCCCAGGAUAUACAAUGUAAAAAUAAUGUGCUUUAAAUAUUUUUUAAAUAAUCUUUAUGUCCUGUAAAUGAAAAUUAUUUACAUUAUUUUAAUAUGUAAAUUGUAUGAAUAUAUCUUUUUAGGAAAUAUGUAUGUCAUUCCUUUAAUGUUUACAUAGUCCCUUACCAUUAAAUAUGAUAAUAUUGAUCAUGAAAUCAUGUUGUUGCCUAGGUAAGAUUUUGUAAACUGUUGUUUAGUGUUCUAAUAAAUGCCAUUUCUUCUAAGCAGCCUCAAAGUGUAGAUCAUCCCAAAGCUGAUUUCAUGGAUGCCAUUGAGUAAAAGGCUAGAUAAAAAUGAUAAUCUCAAUUUUGAGUGUAUGCAGGUAUAGAAAGGCUUAUAGCUGUGUGACAUACAGAGAAGUACAAAGAUACUUAAGAUACAAUUCCUGUUAUUAUAUAACUUUUGUGGUUUUAUUAUUGAUAUAAAGCUAAUCUAUAUAUCCAGUAGGUGAAGUUGCUUUUCUUUGCAGUUAAAUUGUGCCAUUUUCCUCUUAAUCACAAUAUGCACGAUUAUUUAAUUAAUGUUUAUCUCUCACUACAUUUAGAUUCUGUUAUAGGAAGAACUGUGGUUUUACAUAUCAAUUAGCUUUUAGUAAAUAGCACAGUCUCUGGCUUGUGCUGGGGUUACAAUAAGCAUUUUUUUCAAUGAGUAAAUGAAGGCCAGACAUUUAUAAUACCUAAAGGGAUGAUAUGGAAUUAAGUAGUAAAACCAUACAGAGAUCCUUACUGAAGAUUAAUUUGUAAUAUUUUUGCUUUCCUGCGUACACACAAUCCUCAAGUAUUUUGUGAGGUAUUUGAACCGGGGAACUAAAAAAGGAGGAUUAAAAUCAAUUGCUUCCUGUCAGUGUAUAGUAGAGGAGUUGUUUUUUAUUUCCUAUUUCAUGAUGCUUAUUAGCAUUUUUAGUGGGUGAAACUUUAUGAAGUCUAAUAAUAAUUUCUUUAAAUGUCUUCCUUCGGUUUUAUACACAAUACUUAUUCUUUGAAUGUUUACCAGUGUUUUAUU